CGUCCGCAGCUCCGCACGUGUCGCGCCCUCUCCCGUCCGACGGUGCGCGAAUACGUAGACGCGCGCACGCGUCCCUCGACUCGUCCCUGUCGACGCGGUGCGCGGAGUCUCCAGUGGCAGUGCCUAACCUCACUUUUCCACAGCGUGGAGGCGUCUCUCGCCUUGGACUAGGGUGCAGGGCCGCACGCAGCCGUUGCUCCGACCACGUGAUAAUGGAUUAAUUCGACGACGCAGGUCAACCUUCACCGCGCGCCACGGCCCGGUGAUCGGUCCCAGUGCUCGGUCAAGGAACGCUUUUCCAUCGUCCCACUCGGCCGAAGCGAUGCAACGGACGGCAGCCUAAUCCCCGGGAGAGCACGAGAAUGGAAGCGUCGUUUCGGUGGAUGGUUGCGCCGCAGCAGGUGGCGAUGAUCCUGCUGCUCCUGUUCCACCUGGUCCUGCCGGCGAAGGUGCUGGCCGAGUCGGCGGUGGGUCCGUCGAACAGCAUCGGGCCGAUCCCCGUGAGCGGUCCCGCCUCGUCCUCGUCGUCGUCCUCGUCGUCAUCCUCGUCGUCGGCGGCAGUCGCGGGGUCGGGAGCAUCGGGUUCGGCCUCGUCGUCUUCGUCCUCGCCUUCGUCCUCGGCGGUGGGUGUGGUGGCCGGGGGGCCGGGGUCCAACGCCCUGGGCAGCGGGCACUCGACGAUGGGCGGCUCCGGGGGCAACGGGGGCAACAGCAGGUGCGUGGAGAUCACCAUCCCCAUGUGUCUGGGGAUAGGGUACAACCUGACGGCGAUGCCGAACGAGCUGAACCACGACACGCAGGACGAGGCCGGGCUGGAGGUGCACCAGUUCUGGCCGCUGGUGGAGAUCAAGUGCUCGCCCGACCUGAAGUUCUUCCUCUGCUCGAUGUACACGCCGAUAUGCCUGCCGGAGUACAGCAAGCCGCUGCCAGCGUGCCGCAGCGUGUGCGAGAGGGCGCGAUCCGGGUGCGCGCCGCUGAUGCAGCACUACGGGUUUUCCUGGCCGGAGCGGAUGGCCUGCGAGCGACUGCCCAACCACGGGGACCCGGAGAACCUGUGCAUGGAGCAGGACAACCGGACGAGCAGCGGGGCGGCGAGCAGCGCCCCGAUGCCGGCGCCGCCACGGCCGACGAGGCCGUCCAAGCCGACGCAGCCUCCGCGCUGCAAGCCCGGGAAGAACCAAAAAAACUGCCAACACCCCCCGGGGGACAGGGCGAGGGACUGCGCGUGCAGGUGCAGGGCGCCCCUCGUGCCCCUGGGGGCAAGCGGAAGUGGCCUAAGCAUGGCCGUAGGGGGGGCGGCGGGCAUGGCGCCCUCCCCGGACAUUGCCGGGGUGUCGGAUUGCGCCCUGCCGUGCCACGGCGCCUUCCUCACCCCCGAGGAGCGCGGAUUCGCGGCCGUCUGGCUGGCUCUCUGGAGCGGCCUCUGCGCCGUGAGCACCCUCAUGACCGUCACGACGUUCCUCAUCGACACCCAGCGCUUCAAGUACCCUGAGCGGCCGAUCGUCUUCCUCUCGGCGUGCUACUUCGUCGUGAGCCUGGGGUACCUGGCGCGCAGCGUCCUGGGCCACGAGGAGAUCGCCUGCGAGGGUCCCGUGUUACGUUUCGGGUCCCAGGGCCCUGGGAUGUGCGUUACGGUCUUCCUGAUGAUCUACUUCUUCGGGAUGGCCUCCUCCGUCUGGUGGGUCAUCCUGGCGUUCACCUGGUUCCUCGCGGCGGGCCUCAAGUGGGGCAACGAGGCGAUCGCCUCCUACUCGCAGUACUUCCACCUGGCGGCUUGGCUAGCCCCCUCGGCCCAGACCGUCUGGGCCCUUCUGGCCGGCGGGGUCGCCGGCGACCCCGUCGCGGGGGUCUGCACCGUCGCCCCGGAGGGCGUCCGCACCUUCAUCCUGGCGCCUCUCCUCGUCUAUCUGCUCCUGGGCACCAGCUUCCUCCUCGCCGGGUUCGUCAGCCUCUUCAGGAUACGCUCGGUGAUCAAGCGGCAGCCCGGCGCCAAGGCGGACAAGCUCGAGAAGCUGAUGAUCCGCAUCGGCGUCUUCUCCGUGCUCUACACGGUCCCGGCCAGCGCCGUCCUGGCCUGCUACUUCUACGAGUCCACCCUGAGGGACGAGUGGCUGGGCUCCCUGGCGUGCCCCUGUCGGCCCAGGGCCAGGCCCCUCUACUCCGUCCUGAUGCUCAAGUACUUCAUGGCUCUGGCGGUCGGCAUCACCUCCGGCGUCUGGAUCUGGAGCGGCAAGACCCUCGACUCGUGGAAGAGGCUCUGGCGGCGGCUCUUCGGCAGAGGCGCCGGAGGCGGGGGCGUCGGCGGCAUCGGCAUCGCGGGAAUGGGCCCCAUGGGGGCCGUGGGGAGCCUCGGCAGUGCCGGCAUCAAGGGGGUGGUCGGCCGUGCCGGGCCCCAGUACCCUCCACCCCCUGGACCCGGCAGCGCUCUUCUGCCCCCGGGCUCCGUCGCCAGCGCCUCCCAGCACCAUCUCCACCACCACGUCCUCAAGCAGCCCCCGCUCACGCACGUAUGACGCCACCAGUCGGCGGCGGGCGACAUGAGCACGGCCGGUUGCGACCAGCAGCAGCAGCAGGAGCGGCCCUCCGCUCUCAGCAACUACGGGCCCAUUUAGCCCUUCGCCACCGCCUCUCGGAGGCACACUCCGCACACGGCGCCGCACACGCCGCACUCGGCGGCUACCAUCUACUCCAGGAGGUCGCUAGCCUCGACCACGGGCCCGCUGACCCCGGCCCACGGGCUGGCGCCCUCCUACACCCAGGCCACGGAGGUUUGAGCGACCCCUGACCUGGGCCCCCGCUCCCCGGAUGGACGGGGACCGAUCGCCUCUAAACCGCGACUAUGACCGCCACUCGUCGCCGGUGGAGGCUAGAUCCGUCUCCUGGGGAGUCCGGAUGGCCACAAGCUUACCAGAUAUACGUACUGGCCCGCACGUGUCUUCUCGCGUGGAGGAGCCCCGAGCCGCGGAAUUCUGACCGGGGGUCGACGGAUUCCACCCCCCCGACCAGGAUAUCCGCGGCUCCUGGCUCCGUUGCAUGUGUGUGUGUGGGUAUGGGAACGAGCGGCGUUCCCACCAAACGGAAUGCCUGAAUGCGUGUCUGAAUGUGUAACGCGUUUGCGUCUUUCUCUCUACGUGUCCCCCACCAACCCCCCCACGCCCUGCGUCCGUCUGUUCUAUUCUACCCCAUCUCUCCUCCACUUUGCCCGGGUCGAGUUAGCUCUCCGCGGACAUCGUGGGUCCGUCUAACGUGUGUAUCAUCGUCUCGUCUAUUUAUCUAGCAGCUAGCCGUAUCGAUAGUCAUCGUAACUGUUAGAACUCGCCCGACGCCUCGCCGCUGGACGCUCGUCUUCUUCUUCUUCCUCUUCUUCUUCUUCUUCUUAUCCGCCGCCGUUGUCGUGAAAUUGCGCUCGUUACGCGCAGAUCGAUGACAGGAUCGAGUCCCUCCUCUCGCCUGCGACGAGAUCCUUUCCAUGGACAUGGAUUACCAGGAUCUGGUAAUCCGUCAUACCGGGACCUGGACGAUCAGGGCGACGCCAUCUUGCGUUGUGAAAGGGGGUCCUUUGGAAACGCGAUUCAGGGUAACGACUGGACCUGGACACCGACGUGGACGGCUCUGGGAACGAAUUAAAGCCCUAGGUCAAUUUAACCCUUGACGAUGGCUACGGAGAUGAGGAGGAACCUACGGGGGGGAAUUUCUUGAGACCUCGUCGAAGACGAGAGGCGAGAAACGACCCUAAAUGCCGACUCUUGUGGCCACUAUGUGGGGGAAACGCUAGUCAAUAUGAUGGACACCUCGGCUCAACGAAGACGGCGAGGAGGUGGGAAUUGUCCUGAGGAACUGUUCGCGAUCCCGGGUACACUCGGCAAUUUUUUUACGGGGGACGAACAAGGGAACUGGAUCACUCUUCGGAUUUUUCGCCGAUUUCUGGGACGACGCGUCUUCGCGGACGAGGCGCGCGAUGAUCAAAGGUGUAUAGGUUAGAUUCGUCGUAAGUGACAAAGUACUAUAUCUUGUAAAUAUCACGUUUAGUCGGUAGAAUUUCACUGUAAAUAACGUCGUCGUCAGAGUGUGAGUAUCGAUCCAGCACUUUUGUAGGAACUAGAAAGGAUGUACAGGGAGCGAGAGUCCGGGCUCGUGGCCGGAGCGGCGAACGAGACUUCGCCCUCCAGAAAAAAAAAGAAAGGAAAUUAAUUCCGCGAGACUUUCCGCAAGGGAUUCCGGAGGAAAGGACCUAGAUAGCUUCUCUCUACAUUCCGAAGUUUGCGGCGGAUGGGGCGCAUUUUAUUUAUUUUUUUUUCUAUUUUUUUCCCCGCUUUCUCAUCGGGCACUUCACGUGGAAGACGAAGCGGACUCGCGGUCGAAAACUCGAAGAGUCCUUUGCAAGGGUUUUCCUCCCGGGUAGGGAGGACUAAGGUUGCUCGUUCCAGGACUCGCGAAGUUCCCUUGUUUCUAAAAAAUUCCCUGUUUUCUCAGAAAUUAGCGAGCCACCUUGCAGGCGUGCAAGAUGGAGUCUGGGUGUCGUGGGCAUCGCGUGCUCAUCGAGAUUUCGCAGCCGGUGGAAAAAAGGGAAACCAGGGCCGAUCCUUUCGUGGGGCUCCUCAAAAUUACGGGCAAAAGCUAAAAGUCCGCCUCCCCUUUUAAUUGCGCCUCUCGGGGAGUGCACUUGGAUAAAUAUUCCGAGGCAAGAUCUCGAACCGCGGAGAAAUCGCGGGUACCGCACGAGAACCUGAUCGCGCAAAAAAGGGAACGUUCGAGUUUCCCCUUUCUCCGGCCGACUCGUGCCUCGAUUCUCUUUCCGUUCCCUUACUUCCUUUUUCUCCCCCUCUCGAGACUGUAUAGACCUUAAGAAUUGCUAUCCAUUCCGAUAGGUCCGAAAGAAAGCCCCUAAAAAGCUCUCAAACGGCUACUAAGUACCCACCGCGUCGCCGAUAUCUCCCUAAAGUUCUCCCUUAUCAUCAGAAAAAAAAUCCACUCGUCCCUUAUCACCAAACGAUAAUAAAUUUUGAUAAACUUUAAUUUUAAAAAAUGUCAUAAAGUCUAAAGGGAAAAUGCCAGACCUGGAGUGGGAAUCCGAACACGUGAAGGGGCCAUUGUCACCUGGAAAUCAGUGAUAGCGAUUUCCUUUGAUUUCGUGUGAUAAAGCAUUGCGAAUCGGUAACAAGGUUCGGCCUUAAAAUUGUGACAGGUGAUUUCCAGGAUUUCAAGGCGUUGAAAGGAUUUCCUGUAGUCGAUGGCCCCCCUCGUCACCUUUGGGGAAUCUCCUGGAGAUGACGAGAGAAAUGUCGCCUUCCGGCGCGUCUCGUUCCCGCAAAAAGUGCCCGUAGGUCCUUUAUGAUCCUCUUAUUCCGGAUAUCGACGUCGAGCCGCUCUCGCCACGACCUUAAAACCGUCGAUUUGUCCAAAGAGUGUAACGGAGAUGAGAACGCGCGUGAGAAUGAAGACUCUCUCGAGGUCGGGCCUUCGCGAAGCGAGUAAAGCGAGAGCUCGUUGUUCUUUCAUUCUCGGGAUCGAUCCCGCAAUACCUCGAUACAUUGUACCGCUCGUCUUUCUCUAUUUUCUCCGUCUCCCUCGUUGCUCUGGAAGCGAGUUUCCCCUCCCUCCGUCUCUCUCUCCCUCUCGUUCUCCGGCGUAAUUCUCCGCAAAGAGAGGCGAGCACCGUAGGGAGCGAUAUUGCCAUGUAGCUAAAUAAGUACGCAAGCGAAGGACCCAAGUACGCGUCCUGGAGGUUUACACAGUCUUAAAAUAGCUCUAAAAAUAUCCUGCGGUAUCAGAUAUAUAUAUAUAUAUAUAUAAAUAUUAUAUGUAUUAUAUUAUAUCAAUAAAUACCGGAUGGUCCAAUCGGGAGGACCCUCCUACCUCCUCGGUAUUAAGAAAAAAAAAAAGAAACAAAAUUACCUGGACGAAAAUUGCGAGACUUCGAGGCGACUUUUCCCCCGUUAAGGGUUCUUCUUCAAAGCGGUCUCUUUAGGAUAAUGACAAAGAGUACCGCUUUAAAAUGAUUCCGGUCAUUUUAAUAUCCCGCGAUAAAGAUAUCUGCAACGACUGGCAGUGCUUAUUGUUGAUUGUGAGUCUUGCAAUUUUUCUUUUCUUUUUUUUGGGACAUUUUUUUCGGUAAUGCGAGGAAGUUACGAGGGGUUUUACCGUCGCUCGUACCUUGGAUUACCCGGUAUGUAUUUAUAAUAUACGCGAUACGUGUACAAACCCACGCCGGCGCCGUACGAUAUUAAUAUCACUACGAUUAAUAUUAAUUUCUCAUCCGUACUGCCCUAGAACUUUCGGAGCAGAUCCUGGAGGAAGUCUGCAAUAAAGGAGGAGAGAGGAAAAAAUUAUACAGGGGCUGUUCAGUCGGAAAAUCGGGCGAUUAAUAUGAUAGGAUGAAUAACAAUGAAUAAUCGGAUGCCGAUGUUCGUGAUUUAAAUUUCUAUAACAAUGUUUAUGUUUUGUAUGAUUUCCAAGGAUUUUUAUCACUCUCGCGAGUUCCUUACUGAUUUGAUACAAUUACAUUUUACGUGUUUCAACAAUACUCUUAAUGAUUUUUUUAAAUUAAUUUCCGCGCGAUUUUCUAAAGCUAAAAUGUCAGAUUUCCUGAGCGAAAAGCCUCUAGGGACGAUCCCUCGCGGCCCACUCGCAGCGUUUCAUCCGCAGGGGUACUCGUACUCUCCGCAAUAAGGCUAAGUGCGAGCUAUCGAGUCCUCGGCCGGUAAUUAGUCCUAUUUAAUCGCCGAAAACAGACCGCGAAAUGGAAAAAAGGAAGCUUGCCAGUCGAAGACGCACUGCCUACGACGAUUUCAUCGGUCCCGCAAUUACCGGCGUAUGUGUAUCUAGAGUAAUUAUUAAUAAGGGAGACCGAGAGGGAGGGAGAGACGCGUGUAUCGGUACGGAUAUACGUACAUUAUGGGAUCGCUCUCCACAUAUCACGUCGCAAAUGAGAGGCCGGAUGCUAAGACGUGGUCGAGGUCGAGGCAGGAAACGCGAUGCUUCGGAGUAGGACUUAAGCUUUUUCGAGGUUAUAUACACCCGUAUGUGUAUGUAUUUGUAUAUAUAUAUCCUUUACUCGUACGUAGGUACGCAUAUAUGUAUACAGAUAAAUAUACGUAGAGACACUUAUCUGCGAAGAAUCGCGGCGGGCUCGUCGGUCGAACUUUUAAAAGGCGCACACGGUAGCGAGGGGACCGCUUCUCUCGUCGCUCGGAUGGGUACAAGGGGACGGUAGAGGGAUUUAUAUUAGGAAGAUUUGUACGGAACUCUUUUUGUCACGAUGAUUGUCAAUAAAAAAAGGAAAGGAAGGAAAGGUACCGGAGUAUAAGCGAGUGAGAGACCCUCCCGUUCCUGCGGCCUCUCGACGUCGGCCACGCGUUCUCCAUCCGCAGAUGCAGCUGCGAGACGAGAAUUUUGGACCUUCCUAAGCCGGCUGGAUUUUCUCCUUUGGAUCUUCCGUUUCCCUCUCUCUCUUGUUCUAUCCUUCCCCCUUGUCCCUCCGUCUCUCUCGAUCCGUUCAUUCUACGCGAUGCGACGAACGGACCUAUUCUCGAACUCAUACGAUCAACUUUUGCGGGCGAAAUUCAUGAUUUCGUGCACGAUUUUUAAAUGUUGAUUUUGCAACAAUGCCUGAUUUUUUACGCGGAUCCAUUCGUGUGGGAAAGAAAAUCCGUGUACAAGAAUUGGCUCUCUCAAGUGUAUGAUUCUUCUGGGAUCAACAUUUAAAUUCGACAAUUGACGAUUUCGUGGGCGUCUUUUAAAUGUUGAUUAAUUACGCGGUUUUGCAACAAUGCCUGAUAAUUUAUUUGUAUGCGAAAAAAAAAAAGAAAUCCGUAUGAACUCGAGAAUCGAGUCCCAGGACCGGAGGAACCUUUUUGUACAUGCUUACUUUGCCAUAGGUACGCGCGACCGAAUCGAAUCACUGUACGGAAAUCAAAAUUGUAUACGAUUUUUUAAUACACUUUACUAUUAUUAUUAUUUA